CAACCCGUGUGUGCGUGUGCUCGGGCUGUCAAGUGCAUCGCCGUCGUGUUUUUUAAUUGAGAAGAGUACGCGCCGGCGCGAGGGACGGUGCUUCUCACGGAUUGUGUGACCGAUGGCCGUGCGCGCAUCGUGAAACCCCGGCGGCUCGUGGACCUCUCAAAGCCGGCCUCCCUGGGGUUUUUUUUUGACAACGGGCGAUGGCCAAAAUCCUCAAGCAUCUCGGCUUCGGCAAAAAGCCGCCGAUGCCUCCGCGGGUGGAUUACAAUAUGCGGUCGUACCUUGGAUUAGGUAUGCCUAUACGUUGCAACAGCGAGAGCAACUUGCUGGAAGCCGUGGCCGAGGAGCGCGCCAUCAACAAGAUGACUCACCGUUCCCAGGACGACACCCAGUUGGUGCUUGUGCCAGACUAUUGCGACCCCGCCGACCUGAAGGAGCAGUUCCGCAAGGAGAUCGGCGCUCGGCGUCGGGCGGCCGCUCUCGCCACCGCGGCGGCCGGAGUCGUCGGCACCCUGGACGACGACUUCUACUCCACGCCCUACGAGACGCAGAGCCGACCCUCGGCGUCCGCCAAAGAUAACAAAGUGAAGGGACAGCAACGAAGUGAAUGCUCCCCCCAUUUCUCCCCAUCUAGGUCGGCGGCCCCUACGUCCCCGAGCGUCAGCUGCGGCUCGUCCUCGUCGAAGAACGCUGCCGAGAACCAGCGGCUCAGCAACAGUGGCAGCAAGUCGAGCCCUCAGCCGCCACCGCAUCAGUCGCAGGCUUCCGGUUCGAACUCCGCGUCGGCGUCUUCCGCCACCCAUAGCGAACCCGGCAGCAAGGCCUCCAAGACAGCGGAUGAAGCUGCAGCAUCAGCAGCGGCGUCGGCAGCAGAGGCAUGCGGCGACGACGCGGGCGACGUGCAGUACUGCGACCCUUGGGACACGGGCCCAGCCGCCGUGGCUCUGCGGCUACUGAGGGCCGAAGAGCAGCGCAACAACAAGAGCCCCACUCCGGCACACGCCGCCACCCCCGCAGCGGGGGGCGCGCUGUCUGCCGACGAGAUGGCCCGCCAGAGGCACAUCUACGAGACGGCGUUCGACUCUCGCGUCAAGCAGCGAGACCCGGAGCAGGACUUGGACCGAAUGGCCCAAAGCCCCGUCCUCCUCGCUGGGCUGCAGCAGCAGCCGCGUGCAGGUCCCCUAUACCCGGUGCCGUCGUCGUCCUCGUCUUCGGGAGUGGCAGUCACGCCGGGUCGCAAGGGGGGCAUCACGAGGCAGCCUUCACUGCAGGAUGCCUGUUGCCCGAAGCCACCACCGCACCAGGGGAGCAGUAGCAGCACCUCAGCAUCUUCUAAUGUUCAGCAGCAACCAGCACCAACACCUCGUGGUUCCAGCAGCAGUGGCAACCCUUCAGUUCCAAUUCCUGCCACCAGAGGGCAGGGUAUGGCGAGCAAGCAAGCGUCGGCGGCCGACAAGGCCAUUUACCAGAACCACCCAUUACCACAGUCCCCAAUUUCUGAGAACCCGCCUGCUGCACCUCUCGGCGCAGUCGCCGUUAAGCGCAGCAUCCACGCAGGCGUCAAGGUGCUCCCUUCAGAGCCAGUGCGGCGCCCAAGGCAUGGUGGCCACCGCAAGGAAGGGGAGCCAAUGGCCCUGGCGCCCGUGCUGCUCAAUGGGUUCCGGUCCACAUCCUCAGACAAUGUGUCAUCAUCCUCCUCUUCUGACAACAGUCCCCGCAGGCCUGAUGAGAAGCGAGGCCGGCACGGUCCACUACAACCAGUCACUGCUAAUUCCAGUCAUGUGGCACCGACGGCUGCACCACUUCAAAAUGGCUCCAACUGUGUCCUCCAGUCAUUCAGAGCAUCUCCAUCAGUGGACAGCCUGUCCAAUUCUUCCUGUGACAGUCCUCGAAAACCUGAAGAAAAGCGGGGGAGACUGGUAGCAGUCGCGCCGCCCACAGUGAUCAAUGGAGCACCGUUUAAGGGGGCUUCCUCGGCUUCAACUGAAACUGAGAACGCUGAGAGGCGGCUCUCUGACAACAGCAAACGGUAUCCAGCCGUAAGACCGCUGCUUCAACACAAUCAAAGCCCCAGCUCGGACACGAGACCAGAGAGUGACUACGACCGGCCCUGGGACUUGCCAAGGAUCAAGCGCAGCAAUGGUGACUCGCCUCCGCAAGUCCCCGACCAUAGGUCCCGGCCGGCAGUGCAGUCGCCCACACAGCACACUCCAGCAGUGCCGCCCUCGGCCGUCCGGCUGCCCCCUCCGUCCCCCGAGUGCACGGCUCUGCAGGCCUCGGAUCCCUGUCGUGCCAGCCCUGCGCCAACAGCUUCGAGCAGCAGUGGCGGCGUCCCUAGUUCAUCCUCCCCUUCGGUGGCCAUGAUGGCCUCCUCUUCCUCAUCCUCGUCCAACACAUCCAUCGCGAUGGAGUCACCUGCUGCAGGUCCACCUGCCAGGCCUAGUGCUCCAGCGCGACCCAUGCUCAACCUGAACUUGAACCUGAAUGCAUCGAACUCGCCCAAGCGGUCUCGGCACAACCUCACGCUUAACUUUGGUUGCGCCGCUUUGAGCGUCGUCGGCGAGAAAGUAGACACUAGUGUCGCUCUUGAAAAGCAAGGGUGGUACCAUGGCUCGAUCAGUCGCCUUGACGCUGAGAACUUGCUCAGGGUUCUGAAGGAAGGAAGCUACCUCGUCCGCAACAGCGAAAGUUCCAAGCACGACUUCUCACUCUCCCUGAAGAGUGCACGGGGUUUCAUGCACAUGAAGAUAGUGCACAAUGAAGACGGGAAGUUUAUAUUGGGCCAGUUCAGCAAGCCCUUCGAAAGCAUCCCUGAGAUGAUCCACCACUACUCAGUCAACAAGCUGCCCAUCAAGGGAGCCGAGCACAUGUCGCUUCUCUACCCAGUCAUCGACCAACUUCUCUGAAAAUGCUUGCAUCACUUGCUGUGUGCUGGCAGCAUGGCAUAGAAUACCUUUAAUUUGCUUAUUCUAUUUCAAACACCCAUUCUAUUCUUUAAUGUUUUAUAUCGUACAACCGACUGACAGAUGCCAAAAAAGAAAGAAAGGAAGAACUUUUUUCUACAAUUUAGAGCUUUUUCAGAGUUGGGCUGUAUACACAAUUCAGUAUAAUCUGCCGAAUUCUCUUUCAAGCCUUUCUGCCUGCCUUGGCAAGGGCGGAGUUAGCUGAGUCUGUAAGCAAACAACUUCUGUGCAUAUUCUGGACAAAGUACUACAACUAUUGAAAUCUAGCCUUUAAUUAAUGCAGUGCAUUUUUAUGAAUGACGUUCCUUGCACAUUUUUAGCAAAGUGGAUCCACAUUUCACGUAAGCAUAUGCAGUUUUACAGACUGAAGUGAAAUGUUACUGUCAACCUUAUCGUGUCUCUUUGUUCUAUUUUAUUCUGUCAUGAAUAUUUGUGAUUAGAAACUCCUCUUGACUAAAUAGUCACCAUAUGUUGUGUGAAUAUCACCAGUAAUUGUAACUUGUGAUGCUUUUUUAGCUGCAAACUUUGCUUUCUUUUAUAUAAAGCUCAAAAAACAGCUUUCGGAGCAUUCUCUUUUAUUUAGUUUUAUCUUUAAUGACUGCCGUUGUACUUACAAUUACAUGUCCUGCGUGCCAGGAAUUGACCUCAAGUGUAGAUGUCAAACUGCUUCGUUUGUUGAAGUGGCAACAUUCCAUAUACAUAAUUCACUCUGUUUUUGCCGCACCUAAGAUAAACCGUGGAAAAAAGUGAUUUAAUGUACUUAAUAUUACUGAGUAUUUAUUUAGUUGUUGCCAUGAUGUGAAACUGUCUAGUCGAUUCAGCUUAGGCACUCCCUAAGCAAUACACUUUGUUUCAUUUUAUACAAAGAAAGAAAGAAAUUUAUGCAUGAUGAGUGUGAAGUCUUUUUAUCGCCAGCUGCAGAGUUGAGCUGCAAGGACGAAAACGUGAGCUAUGCUUAAAAGGAGUGAAGUGGUCCUGGAUCAGAGAAACGCCUCUAUGGUGCUUUGACUACCUACUUGUUAACAAUGUCAACAUGCGGCAAGCUUGGGCAGGCAUUCUGCAUCAAAGUCAAAUACCACUUGGAGAUGCUCAUGCGAUAGUACUCAGCUUAUGUUUUGCUUGCCAUACUUGCUUCUGCCUAUACCCUUUCGUCACGCAGGCUAACAAAAUUCUCAAUUUUGUUAGCCUUUUUCAGAGCUGGUAGCAAUUAUCUUUUACUAGUUUUCUGAAUGUGUAUACCAUGUGGCACGCAGAUAAAUGGGCUAAUAAUCUGGUUGAACUGCAGCUGCCAUACAAAAUUUUCUGCUAUAUCACCAGUUUUGCUUUUGCAAUGCCUAUUCUUUCUCUGAACACAUGCACAAAAUAUUUUCUUGUGUCCACUGGCACAUAACAAGUAGUUGCCUCAAGAACCUACAGCAGAUGGCAGGGUAUUAUAAUUUCCUGCAGUUACGGGGUAUCAAGAUGUCGCUGUAACUGUUGCUUCAGUAUUGAACAAAGAUAGCAGGAUAUUAUAAAACAGGAUCUGUGUAAGCAGAAAAGCUCUGGUGAACAUCCGUAAACCUCCAAAACGAAACACAAAUGUUUACGAAUGCCCUUCUUAAAACUAGCAUAUUUCACUAAUACAAAUUAGCCGUGUAAUAAAGAUAGCUUUUGAUUGUGGGAGCACUUUCAAUGCGAGAAGUAACUGUUCCAUCAACACUUAUGGACAGAAAAUUAACAUGCAUAGCACUUACUGUGUUCUGCCACAUCAUUAUAGUCACCUACGGCACCUUUGAGCUCUUGCCCCCUAGAGACAAAGCAGUAGUGAGGUUAUGUACUUAACGUGGAGGAGCAGUAGCUUAGCAUUGACAGAAAGACAUUUCCCCCCUCUUACUAGAAGCACACUGCCGUGAUUGAGCAUUGCCCACAUAGUGCCAGUCUGUUGCACCCCAACAUAUUAUCUAUAUCAUUUCGCAUGAUGCAAGUGGCAAAGUGAUUUUGGUGCAAGGGUCGUUGCCUUGCCGAACAUGCUCAACAUUCCCAGGCGAGCUCUCUGGCAUUGAAAUUUUUUCAUGCAAUCACAGGUUACUUGGCUCUUGCUUUGUGCCAACUAUAAGCCAUGGUAUUAUGACUUCUGCCUUUGGAAGAGGUACCAACUGUGUGCAAAAUGUAACUGCUUUUUUUUUGUAUUUGUCAGUAAUUAGCUAGUACUCGAGCUUUAUUCAUUUGUCCAAAGUUUUGUACCAUGAAAUAGUAGAACUUUGAUAUAGCAAUUAUAAAUUUAUUGAAUUAUCGGAUUUAAUGAAGUAAAUCUAAAAUGUUUUUUGUUGAUAUCAGCAUGUAAUUUGUAAAAACUAGGGGUGUGCGAAUAUUCGAAAUUUUGAAUAUAUUUCGAAUAGUGUUUGCUAUUCGAUUCGAUUUGCACUGAAAUUUUACUAUUCGAACUAUUCGAACUUCCCAAAGACAAAUGCAGUCAACGUCCGGUUGAAAGUGACCCCUUCAGAUUUUUAAUAUGCUUCACCUCAUUACACUCUCGUAUUGCGUCAAAGCUGUCUUUCAAGCUCCGUUACGGUCGAACUUAGCCAAGAGACAAAGUCUGGUUGGAAAUGGUCCCUAAAUUUUUAAUAUGCUUCACCUCAUCACACCCCCGUAUUGCGGCAAAGCUGCCUUUCAAGCUCCGUUACGGUCGAACUUAGGCAAGAGACAGUCAACGUCCGAUUGGGAGUGGUUUCUAGAUUUUCAAUAUGCUUCACCUCCUCACACUCUCGUAUUGCGGCAAAGCUGCCUUUCAAGCUCCGCUACGGUCGCAAAUGUAUUAACUCAAGAAAACGCUGGUUCCAACAUGGAGAUGGAAGAUGUGGCAGAGUUGGGGGCUCAAUUAAUGCUGUUUUGGACCUGAAAUUUGGGCAGGAAGUCCGAAAAAUCGGACGCCGAAGCUUUUUAGCAUCCAAAAUUUCAGAUGUUCUUUUAUAUCGACGUCUACUUGGCAGAUUUGGAACUCCAAACUUGAAGGAAGCACACCCUUGUCCGCCACAUCAGUUGGCCUUCCACAGCAGUUGAAAGAGGAGGAGAGGCUGAGGAAAUGGCAUCUCUGCCUAUCACGUGUAAAGUGUUGUCGGCAACACUUUGGUUGCACCAAAUCAUGUACAUGAAUACAAUUUGGCUUCUACAUUGUCUCACUCUUGAUAAGAAAGACAACUAUGAAAUAUGACCCCACCAGCGCUUCAUCAACCUAGCGAAAAGAAACACUUUCAUGUUGCGAUCUCACAAGAACAUACUUAGGGAUUCUCUGCAACUUUUUCUGUAAUUUCCCUUCGAAUUAUUCGAAAAAUGUUUGAGAAAUUCGAAAAUUAUUCGAAAUUAUUCGAUUCGAUUCGCACUCAAUCUUUAUUAUUCAAAUUCGCUUCGCACCCAAAAUUUUGCUAUUCGCACAGCUCUAGUAAAAACUAUUGUUGGGUUUAACUAUCUUACUUUUAUGUAGGCUGUUACCUUGUAUUGGAAUAUCUCUCAAUCUUCUGAAGCUUGAUUUCACAAAAUUAAUUGUUCUCACAAUUCUCGUGUUUUCCAUAUUUCAACAAUACUGUGAAACCUUCAAUUCAUUAUCAAUGCAGAAUUUCUAGAAGUAUGUAUUUGGAGUCCUGGCUAAUGAAUGGCUGUAGAUAAGCUAACACAUGGCGAGACAAAUACCAUGAUAGAAUCUGAUGUGCCAUUGUAGUCACAAUGAAAACUUUUCUGUGCCAGGUGCAUUGCCAAGCUUUCCGACUUUCAUUUGCGCUGCCAACAUUGUUUGCAUUUUCUGCUGCUCGAGCACAUUUUGCGUGAUGUGCCUUCUCAGCUGUGAGAAUGAGACAGCGGUACUUGGAAGUUGAAAGACGUGCGUUGUGGAGCCUUGUGGAGUUGCACAUUCCCUGCCAGACAAGUGUCAGUACCACGAUGAAUAAGAAGAAGGGUUCUAACUUGCUGUAAGCAGGCUGCUACUAAGCUUGCUUCCGACUCUUCUUGAUAUUUAUUAGCAUAUAGUUGUUGCAUUUAUGUUAGAGGCAGUGCUAGGCACCUCGUGAUUAUGGUGUAUUUUGAUGUGCUUUCCGAUAGUUGGCAGCAAGCUGAAAUGUUGUCGUUGGUUAAGGUAUACCGGUAAUCUUCCUCUUACUUGCAUUAAGCCACGAAAGGAUUUUACGUGAAAUGAGCAACGGAAUAUAUGCUGUGGUUCAUGGGCUUAAUUUGCCAUAUUCUGAAUUUUAAGCAUCAAACAUCGCACAUUGAUUUCCUGAUGUUAUAUUGUGCUUCCUAAGUAGCUACAUGAACAGCUUUGUUACCAUUUUUUUUUGUACUGAACACAAAUCUUAUCUGCAAUGUGCCAACAUUAACAAAACUUACUUUCUUCCUAAUUCAGUUCAAUUUUCUAUCUCUUGCCUGUUUAUGUUGUACGGUAAGGACGCCAGAUUUUGGUUGCAUCUCUUGCUCGGUUACGCGUCGUCAAAGCUUACUGAUGUUUUGAGAGCAUGUGCAAUUGUUCAUACUGUGAGUAAGUUUGUAAAGGCAACAGAGUAUUUUAAUUAUGUGCUUAAUGCAGGUGCAUCUGCUUGCAAUUUGGGUUGCCGCACCAUGGGUUCAUUAGAGAUGUCAUUCUUACAGUUAUCUGUGGAUGUCAGAAAGUGGCCAUUGCAGCAAAUACGCAGCACUCUACUCGUGUUUCAACAUUACAGAAUGUGUCAUGUACAAUUUCUAAAAAGCAAAAGGUAGAUAAACCAAGCAGCUGACUACAUGGACAUCUACAUAUCAAGUCAACUAACACAAUAGUAAAUGCUUUCUUUUACAUACGUGCAUGGCUGUAAAAUGUGUGCCAUGUGUGUGCAUGUCUGCUAGAACGAUCUACAUUUUUUUUUCUGCUCUCUAGUAAAUGUUGGUGGCCUGGUUUGGCACGUGGAAAGGAAGGAAAUGCUUAAUAAUAAUGAGGCUCUAAAACUAUAUGAACACAGCUGUUUUGGGAACACAGCUUAUGCUUAUGGAUUUCAUUUUCUUGGAACAUUUUACAGUGACUGCAUGAUCAUUUAGGCAAAAUUGUAAACAUAAAAUGAUAACGAAGUUUGUGAACAGUGAAAAUAAUGUUCAAAAACUCCAGUGAGGCUUGUUAUUACAAUUUAUUUGGAAGCCAUACAAGCUGUAUCUAGUGUGAUUCUCUUUUCACUAAAGAAAGUGACAGCUUUUUUUUGCUUCGUAUGUUUGUAACUAUUCCUGCUUGCUGCACUGAUACGUGGAUAUAGGGUUGCACAGGCUGUACAGUUGAAGCUACCUGUAUUCUAUAGAGAUUUUCAAGGCCGCGUGACAAUGUCAAAGCUCAUGUUGUUGAAUGACGAGGCAAUUGUUGCCAGCUUUCUCCAGCAGGUUUUGAUGUGCAAUAGUGGUAAGGGAAGUAUUAAAAUGAUGAGAUUUUUGAACGAUUGUCUAGCAUGAGCCAAUGCAUACUGGUCUGAGGCAGUCAUGUAAAGUCAAGUAGAUAUAUUUUGAGCACCAGAGAAUAAAAAGAACUGCCUGAAUGAUGCAGCAAUCCACUAGCAAAAUGCCAUUUCUUGGUUUGAUCCCAUCACUUAUUUACCCAACAAAUUUGUCAAAGGGUAUUGAUUUUAGGUUGACAUGUGGCAGGUUUUGUUUCAAACCAUUCAUCUAAUAUGAAGCGGCAGCCUGAUCCCGCAUCAUGCUAUACUUUUCAUUGUGGAACUAGUUUUCCAAGAAUUUGCAUGGGCAUUGUUGCGUAAAAGCAUUUUCUGGGCUGUUCAUCGUACAUUGUGCAUAUGUUGUUGGACUUCUUCACAGCUGUUUUGCUUGAUUUAAGUAAACGUGCCAAAAAUAUGUAAUUGUAAAUUGCGCCAAUAACACAUUUGUAAUUGUAGAUGUAGAAGCUUGGUGCUUGGGUGCCCAAAAAAUAUAUGAGAGGGGUGGUCUAAGGCGCGACAAGUAAAGCACAUGUCCUGUAGAUAUGUAUUAUUUUUGCAACUCGCUUUGCACAAGGGAGAAAAGAAAGAAAGAUGUAAAAUGUAAACAAACGUUUUGUCCUUGUGUUUUUGUGUUCUUUUACACCAGUUAUUCAGAUGAAGUGUGUGAGUUUUCCUAGUUCCGUUCCUUAAUCUACUAUGUUCAUGUGAAUGGUGUUACAGCGAGUUUGUUAUUUCUAGUGUGACAAAGCCGACAAGUGUACAGAGAUCCGCGAGGUGUUUGUACUUACAUGGUGUGCUCAUGCAUAGGUUUUUAGACCUGGAGGUCUAAUGUGUGCCCGUGCCCUCCACGAAACAGUUUGAAAGCUUGUACAGGAAGAGCAGCUUGUAAAUGCUUUUUUUUCUGUUUUUGUAAAUGUGUUGACGUUCAUCUCACGGUCCUUGCAGGCCUUCGUGCUUUUCCAGACAAGGCUUGAUUUGCCCAAGUGUGGCUGGAACUUCUUAACACAAUGUACCAGUUCGCUUGGCAGGUUGAAGUGUGUGUAUAUAGUGUUCUGUGGCCAGAAGGCUUUCAUUUGUUCUUACAACGCUGUAGUUUUAUCAGGGACAGCAGCUGUGCAUUGUUUUGAAGAAGGAAAAUAUUCUCUCUUCUGUUAGGUUAGGACAAAAAAAAAGUGAUUUCAACUCGUGACACUCUAGUGUGGUCAGUCUUGUACUGAAGUGUUUUUAAAUAAAGAAAGUUCUGUAAAAGA